AUGAAGAGCGCCUUCGCAAUCCUCGCUAAGAACAAGCCCAAUACGUUCACAGUAAGCUAUGCGCCAGAAUACAAAAACUUCAUCCUCAACCACGUCGUAAGCGACGCUUCGCAUCCCCUCCAUGAGACGCAGAAGCGCAGACAGGCAGAACGCAAGAAACAAGGACUCUGGUGGCAUGCAACUACAGGUGUCAAUCUGAGCAGGUCGAGCUGUGUACGAGCAUGGGCGAGACGCCGUCUACGCAAUGCAAUCAAAGACGAACUGAAAGAGCGAGGAUACGACGACCAUGGCAUGUUUGUCAAUGCCAAAGCUAUUCAAGACAGACCAGAUCUCAUGGGCUUGCUGAAAGCGGGCAAGAAACUGGAUCUGACUGGCAGCCUGAGACUGCACAUUCAGGAGCCUUUGAUUACUGCUAAAUAUGCAGAGGUGCGCGCGGAGACGGGAAACGUCAUCGAGGCCGUAGUGCAGGCUAUGAAGAAUGGACCGGGUGAGCCUGGCUCUUCAAGGCCGACGAGGAAGCGGCCGGAUUGGAAUCCACCUUCUGUCCAUCGACCUCUUUCGCCCAGGAUGCGAGGGCAAUCUUCGAAAUAUAGUAUUGGGUAA